GGGGGUUAUUUCGAUUUAAACCUGCCGAUCGUCUGAUAUCCGUCCUAUUUACUUUGGCCACUACGCGACAGACAGCCUGUCCGCUGAUCGCAAAACCUCGCACAGGCAACAACCAAAGUAACUACUGAGGAGCGACAACGACCACCCACCAUCAUUGCCACCACUCUUGGCCCCCAAAUCAUGGAAGACCCCCAACCGCGAACACGGCGACGGCAUCCAGUCGAUAAAUAUGGCCCAAAGUUCUAUGACAAGUCCGAGCACAUGCAGGGUCGGGCUGCCGCUAUGAAGGCUGCUCUGAGUGGUGACGACCCGUCUCGGUCAGAGCCUGCUGGGGGGUUCGAUAGCACUCCGUACCCCUAUGCACCACCCGGCUAUACACUGAAAUUCACCUUCCAUCGUGGAGUCAACCUUCCUUGCGCAGACUUUGGUACAUUUUCUUCCGACCCUUAUGUUCUCGCCCAAUUGAUUGUCGACCUACCCCAACGCCACAAGCAGGACCCCGUUAUGUCCUUCCGAACACCAACUGUGCGCAAAAAUCGAGAUCCGGAAUGGAACAGCGAAUGGAUCGUUGCCAAUGUCCCGGCCUCGGGUUUCCAUCUGAAAUGUCAUGUGUACGAUGAAGACGCUGCGGACCAUGACGACAAACUCGGUAACGCUUAUGUCGACGUGGAUUCGGUCAAUGGACAGUGGCCCGGCAUAAAGGAGCAGAGCCUUCGCCUGAAGAAGCGCAUGGGCAGCAAGCGGGUCUACUUGUUCGGUAACAUCGCUGCGCUGGCGUCGCGACGUCUAGAUGUGCAGUCGCAUAUAGUAAUCAGCGUUCAGUGCUUAGGGAAGACACCAGGAGAUGAAGGGGCUCAUAUGUAUACCAUUGGACCAAACUACUGGUUCAAGCAUUUUUCUCCGCUCAUUGGGAGGAUAGCCGGCACUAAAGAUAAGGUCCAAAGUCAGCGUGAUGAGAAGAAGACCAUUACUCGCUAUAAUUUUCAGGCAAUCCAAAUACAGCUCCAGGGCCCUGUGCCUACCGCGCUCUAUCAUCGUUAUGUCGAAUUCAAGCCGUUUGUAGCCGGGAUGUUCACGUCACACAGUCUUCGUGGAAGGAUACUCAAUCGAGCGCUGCAUCAUCAACACGAACGUAUCUACAACUUUGACAAGACCACCCUCAGUGGACAGUUUUCUUCCCCUUGUACCGAGCUCACGCAGAAGUUUCUUGAAUUUGUGCACUACGCUCAGGGCGGGAGGAUCUUUACAUAUGUCAUCACCCUAGACGGGCAAUUGCGCUUCACGGAAACAGGGAAGGAAUUCGGAAUUGAUUUGCUGAGUAAACACACGAUGCAUAGUGAUGUAUCGAUUUAUAUUGCAUACUCUGGUGAGUUCUUCUUGCGUCGCCUGAAGCAUCGCCAUCCCCGACACCCGGAAACAAUUCAGCAUUCGGAAACACACUACUCCGGUGAUGAGUCGCUGGUAGAACCAGAGAUAUCAACUGAUCCGGCCGACUAUGAACUUUUCAUCGACAAUGAUAGCGGAACUUAUCGUCCCAAUGGCGAAUACCUACCCCUGUUGAAACAGCUCAUCUCCACCAAUCUACCAGGUCUUCACGUGACUACACUUGAUUGCAAGAACGAUGCAGAGCGGAUGGAGGUUCUGAAGAAUGAGCAGAGGGAGUUCAAGAAGAACGAGGGCAAUCAUAUGAUCUUCCUCCAGCGCAGCAAUAGCUCUUCGCUUUCUAUAUCCAGUUCAGAUGAAGACGAGUUGAAUGAGCGCAGUGAGUCGCAGCCUCAUAAAAGGGACGGCUUUGCGCAAAAGGUACACGAUAUGCGAGACAUGAAGGGUCAAAUGAUGAAAUGGGCCCAGGCAGACAACCAUGGCAAUCCAGAUGAGACUGAGAGUCGAUCUGGGCGUCAGAGGACUGCGGCAGCGAACAGCUCAGGAGCAUCAAACCCCGCCGUGGAGAAUGGCUUGGAUGAAAGCACAGCCACUUUCGCUGACGGCCGAAUUUAGCUUCCAUUCAUGCUCAACUUGGGCUUUUGUGGAGUUUAUUAAUUCUUCCAUAUCCUACCUACAUCAACAACUUACCUAUAACCUUAGGGAGUCCACCCUACCUCACGUGGUGAAAGACCUCGUCCUAAUAUGCUUCCAUGGAUGACCUUAC